AAGUAUCUGCAGAUGGCGAUAUACGCUUCACGAUCAGCUGUAAUUCGAGUUGCUCCAAACGAAACACUUCUAUCUAAACAUUGAUAUUGCGAUACCUGUGAUCGCGAAUUCGAUCUAUUAUUAACUCCUAUUGAGUAUAAAGUACUGUCUACAUAUAGUAAUUACAUUUAUAUUAAAAUUAUUUCUAAAAUCUGUAAUAUACACGUGUGUAUGCAAGUUUUUUCUAUGCAUGUAUAUGCAAGUUUUUUAAUUACUUAAAACAGGACACAAAUAGAUAUAUUUUACGUGAUGAACAUCUGUAGGUGCGUCCAAAUUGCAACGAUAUCUUCGAUAAAACGUAUAUGGACUUAGAUCCUGCAGAAAUGGUGAAUGAGGUUAAAGAGAAAGUAAUAUUGCACUGGAACUGUCGAGGACUGACAGAGUUACCAGAAAUCAUACGAAAAUAUGGCAAUCACAUACAGGAGAUAUAUUUAAAGUGGAAUAAACUUACCACUUUACCACCAUGGAUUAUAGAAUUAUUUAAUGUUACUAAUUUAUAUAUCUAUGGUAAUCUCAUUAAGGAACUUCCUGUAGAACUUGGCAACAUGUCUCAAUUGACUGUAUUAGAUUUGAGUGCAAACAAAUUAAAAGAAAUACCAUCUUCUAUUGGUAAUCUAAUAAAUAUAGAAUCAUUGUUAUUUAAUGAUAAUUACAUAAAAAAAUUACCAAUGGGUAAGUAUAUGUUUAGGACAUUUAGUAAAUGCGAGCUCAUAAUUUAUUUUCUUAUAAUACAAAGUGCACUGCCCUCAAUUUACAAAACAGAAAUGAGCCAACUUCAUAAUCUGGAAGUAUUAUCUCUUUCUGGAAAUGAAUUUGUAGCAUUACCAGAGUGGCUUGGUUCAUUACCAAAGCUUAAAGAGUUAAAUGCAGAUAAUAAUUAUUUAAAGGAACUACCUAAUAGAUUGACAUUGGCUCCUAAAGUAUCAGUGAUUUCAGUGUGUUCAAACAGAUUAAAAUAUUUACCAUUAAAUGGUUUCUUGUCAUCUCCUUGCAUAAGAUUUGAUGCAAAUGAAUAUUUAAAUUAUUUAUCUUAUCCUGUCCUCAUCCAAUUGGCUUAUCAAAUUCACACAUCAGUUACUGGUGAUUCAGUGAAUAUCCUAGGCUAUAAAUGUUUCAAAUUAAAAUAUGAUGAUAAUCAAUCAUUGAAUACAAAUAUCAAAUUAAAUAUAAAAAUAGAUGCAUCAUGCAACAAAAAUAUAGUGAUUGAAUUACCAAGGCAAAUUUUAAGGAUUCACAAUGUUAAUGAAAACAAAACUGUUUCUUUGUGGGAGCUUGCCCUUAGAAAAGUUUACAGAUUAAAGUAUAAGCAUAUACUUAAUAUUUCUACAUCUCCUAUAAACGUUAAAGUUGUUUAUAAACAAAAUACUAAAAGAAAUUUUGAUUUUUUAAUGUCCUCUAUAAACUGUGCUUCAUAUAAUUUAUUGAUAAAUGGACCAGCCACUAUUUGUGUAAAUUCUCAUUGUCAACAACCAAUUUUCACAGAAGCUUGGAUUAUUGUUGGUAUUAUUCAUCAUAUAUAUUCGAUUCCAACUAUUGCUUUAUGUUGUUCUAGAAGCUGUGCUUUUAAAUUUAUGGCUAAUUCAAGUAUGAUGCUAAAUUUUCGUUGGUAUUGCAUAAAUUGAUGAUAUUUUUUUUACAUAACUAGUCAAUUAUUCGUUCUUGUAUAUACAUUGUUACCAAAAUAAAAAGAGAUUAUGUUCUUAA